GCUCUGCCCCAUGACCAACGCCAAGGACCCGAAGGACACGAUGGACCCCUCACCAGUGACCUCCAGCGCUGCGACAGGCCCUGUUACCUUCUCCCAGGUGUUUGGGCAGCAGUGCCAGCUCAUGGAAGCAGCUGUAGAGUCGUUGCAUUCCUUAAAUGACCAGAUCUCUCAUUUUAUCGUGAACAAGUCGAAAACGUUGGACGAAGACGAAGAUGCUUUUUUGCCCAGCGAGAAGGAAUCUCUGAAAAGUUCCAUGAUGCUGAUGAGGCAUCUCCUAAUGGAUGCGCAGAUCUUGACCAAGGACCUGCCGCUUCGUAUGGCGUAACCCAACCACAGGAGGGAGACAGGCAACAGCACAAUGCCAGCAUGAGAGCUGAAAGGAGGUGACCUGUCUCCAAAUGCUCUGCAGGCACCAGCGGUGGAAACCACAGAGGGCCCGCUGCAGGGCCUUGCCUUGCUCUUUGCACUAGGAAAUAAGUAAACGCAUUAGAAACGCUGGGGUGGGAGGAAGAGACUUCUGCCGAGCGGCUUGGAGGGCCGGAUCCGUGUGAAUUGGACGCACGGAGCCAAGGUUUAAAGGGGUUGACGAGGGACGAUGAGCUGGCAAUGCAGCAGGGAGGAAAGGGGUUGCUUAGGUAAUGGCUGCAGGUAGGGCAAGGUCCUGAGCUGAAGUUAAACGGCAAACUAAA